CCGAGCGCCAUCUCGCGAAUCACGCACGAAUUACAAAAAGUUACUUGGCUAACCUUAACUUAAUCACAAAAUUACAUAAAUAACGAUUAAAACCGAUUAAAAUGUGCGUAGAAAGUCUAAUUAGUGACCCAGACCAAGGGUAUUAUCACUAUGAGUAAUAAAUCGUAUGGACAAAGUGCAAAUGGUGCAUUAUUCACUUCAAAAUUGAAGUUUUAAUUGUACAAAAUAGAAAUGGCUCGACUAUUGAAUGAAAAAGUCUUCAAAGCAAUCAAAGAUUGCCACAUAACACUGCGACCUGAUGCACACCCUGGAACAUGGCUAAGUUUACUUUUACCAGCUGCAAUUAUAAUAUCAGUGAUAAAACACCCGAAAGAAUGCUCAGAAGUUUACAAACUAACUGCUAUACUUGCCAUUGGAUUACUGCUUACAUCAAUUAUAUUUAUUAUUCAAUGCGUAAGAGAAAAAGAUAUCAGAAAAGUGACUGGAUUGCAUUGUGUACCUGGAGCUGUCACAGGAUUCAUUUAUUAUGCUAUUAUUGAAAAAGGAUUCGUGUUUGCAUUUACAAGUGGCUUCCUCUCCGGCAUAGGCUAUUAUCAAUUGUUUUUGUUUCUCAUGAGAAGAUGCAAAGCGUGUUUCUCUGUCGGCGAGGCGCAACUUGCCGCACAAGCGUUGAUUUUAUUCCUGUACGGCGCCACAGUGACGAUUUACAAGAGUUUAUUCACUGUGCCAUACACUAAUAUGGAUAUUGCAACGUUAACUAUAAGUGUGGGAUUGCUCAGCAUUGGAUUUCUGUGUAUGUUAUGUUAUCUAUUUCCACUCCUGAGGACUGUUACUAUGUUCUAUGUAACAUUUGUAUGCAUUUGUUUAUUUGGAAUUAUUAUUCCGCUAUGGAUGUUGACACGGAUCAAUCCGUUAUGGUGGAUAUUCACGUUUUUGUUGAAAAGUAUCGGCACCAUAAAAUUGACGUUUUACUGGAUAUUAUGCUCGAUACUCGCUGUGAUAGCGAUAAACCAAAGAUCAGCGGAUGAAACGAAAGCAUCUACGACUGUUCGGAAAGUGUUUCACCUUCUGGCAGUCGCUGUGUUCCUUCCUGGACUGCUUUAUGAAUGCACUUUAUUAUAUUUAGCAAGUGCUGUUGUUUUCGGUAUAUUUGCAUUCUUAGAAUUAAUGAGAAUAUUAAAAAUUCCACCGAUUGGCGAAGCUCUCAACUCGGCAUUUUCCGUAUUCUCCGACGAAAAAGACACUUUCAUCGCGCUGUCACCUUUAUAUCUCCUCGUGGGGAUAUCGUUACCAAUGUGGCUGCAUCCAGCGCCUUGUGACAUUGCAGACUCAUGCGGUUUCUAUCUAUUACCACUAGCUAGUGGUAUCAUAACGAUUGGCAUCGGUGACGCGGCUGCUAGUGGCGUUGGUUCAAUUUUCGGUAUGCACAAAUGGCCCGGAACGAAAAAAUCCGUCGAGGGAACAAUCGCAUGCGUCGCCACGCAACUAUGCGCCGUUUUUAUUCUGCUAUACUUAGGAUUGAUAGCACGCGGACAUUUAUUACUCAUUAAAGCGGCGAUUGCCGCCAUUGUUACCUCUCUAAUCGAAGCAAAAACAACGCAGGUGGAUAAUCACACACUGCCCUUGAUUAUGUACAUUAUCGUUACGCUAUAGCUAUUAUUUAAAUGGACUGAAUUUUAUUAUUAAUAAACAAAUACUGUUGAUUUGUUGCAUGCACUGGGAAUAUUUCAAUUAAAAAUUAAAUGCAAUUGUUGAAAA